GAGAUGAACUCAGGGAACUGCGGAACGAGUUUAUCGAACGAAGCGGAUUUCGUUCCGAUCGUUCCACUCUCGGAAUAGUUCCUUUGAACUAGUUCGUUCCGGAACUACCCAACUCUAAUCAUCUCGUUUUUGGUGAAGAAGUUUCAUCUGAGUGGUUUCCGUUUCGUAAUAUUUAAUAUUUCAGUAAUUUAAGAUUUUUUAACCAAAUAUAACAGACUUAAAGCGAAAUGGUGUUGAAGGAAUACAGAAUUGCUAUGCCGCUGUCGUGUGAAGAGUAUCAAAUUGGACAACUAUAUAUGAUAGCGCGGCACAGUUUGGAGCAGUCUGGCGAUGGCGAAGGAGUAGAAAUUAUCACGAAUGAAGCGUGUGAGGAUGCUGAAUAUGGAAAGGGACAAUACACUGAAAAGAGGAUACACUUAUCAAGUCGUUUGCCAUACUGGAUACAAGCUAUAUGCCCCCGAGUUUUCUAUGUCACAGAAAAGUCGUGGAACUUCUUUCCAUUCACAAAGACAGAAUAUACGUGUUCCUUUAUUCCUAAGCUAAAUGUUUUUAUUAAAACCAAAUAUGAGGACAACAAUGGAACUUCUGAAAAUUGUCUAAAUUUAUCCGAAGAAGACUUAAAGAGACGAGUUAUUGAUAAUGUGGACAUUGCCUUCGAUGAAUUGCCAAACAACAAACAUUAUAAAAAGGAAGAGGACCCCAAGUUUUUCAAAUCAGUAAAGACAAAUCGAGGCGGUUUGGUGGAAGGAUGGCGUGAAACGGACAAACCUAUAAUGUGUUCCUAUAAAUUAGUUGAUGCGUCCUUCGAGGUAUGGGGACUACAGACAAAAGUGGAAGACUUCAUUCAGCGAUCCAUUCGCGACGUAUUGCUGCUGGGACACAGGCAAGCCUUUGCCUGGAUAGACGAAUGGUUUGGCAUGACUCUGGAAGAUGUCCGCGAAUAUGAACGUAAAAUUCAAGAGGAAACAAAUAGAAAACUCCGGCAAAGCAAUGGUCAAGAUGAAGCGCCGGCAGAGGAAACGAACGAGCAUGAAUUAGAUGAAGACAAAAAAGAAGAACACAGGGAAGAAAGUAAAGAUAGCGUGUAAAAAAACAAACGAAGAAGAUAUAUUCCUAGCAUAUGAAACAUGAAACUUUAUUACACCCAAAGAAUAUUUUUUUAGAUUCAAUGUACUCAGGAAAUGAAAAAAAUACCUAUUGACGUAGAAUAAUUGUAGUCUGUGUUGUAAGUAAAGAGCCUUCUUAAAAAUGCAGCUCAAAAUCCUAAUUCAACUGCCCUUCUACAUUACACCGCUUAGAGAUUAAAUAUGUGUAUGUCAGUUAAGAAAAAUGCAUAGCGUAUACAAUGCACAAAUUUACUUGAAUAAAAUGUAUUUAUUGAUACCUA